AUGCUGGAUACAUUCAUACAAAGGAAGCAUGGAAUUGCUCAAGCCUGCGAGCGCGUUAAGGAUGUCCAAGUCCCAGAUCCUGAGUACGACUUCAUCGUAGUCGGCGGUGGUGCAACCGGGUCUGUCGUGGCUGCAAGACUAAGUGAGAACCCGUGCUGGAAAAUUUUACUUCUUGAGAGUGGCCAAGACGAGCCAGCGGGUGCAUCGAUUCCGAGCUUUCAUACCACCAUAAUGCAAUCAUCUCUCGAGUGGGGGUACAAGUCACAGAACGAGAGCCACGCCUGUCUCGAUUCGAAUGGUAGCUGUUCGAUAUCUGCAGCCAAAGUUCUCGGUGGAGGCAUGGCGCACAAUUCAAUGAUAUACCUACGCGGCAGCCCUUGGAUAUUCGAUCAAUGGGCUGCGAUGGGCAACGAGGGAUGGUCGUGGAAGGAAGUAUUACCAUUUUUUAAGAAGGCCGAAAAUAACGGUAACAUCGAUAUUGUUGGUCGAAAGUACCACAGCACGGAUGGGCCACUUUUUGUCGAAAAAUUUCCGACCCAACCACCUUUCGCAAACGUGAUACUCGAAGCAGCCAAAGAGGCGGGCUAUGUAUUCACAGUAGGAACGGGCGUGAAAAUAAUACAUAAUACAAUCAAUGUAAUAUGUCCUUAUUUUUAUCUUACGGUAAUGCAUCAAUUGCAAAACAUGUGUGCGAACGAGCAAAGAUUGUCGCAAUUCAAGAUGAUAAGAAAAAAAUUACCCAGAAGUGCUGGAAAUUGCAUUUUUUCAAGAAUUGAACCAAUAACAGCGGAAGUUAACAAUAUUUGUUAA